CCCUCUCCGCCCCGCCGCUGGAGCCGCAACAGGCAGGGCGGGCGGGGAGCGCGCGGACCGCGAACCGAGGACCCGCGCGUGCGUGCAGCCGCUCGCUCGCUCGCGCGCUCCGGCGGGCGGGCUGAGGAGAGGCGCCCCCGCCGCCGCCGCCUCAGCCUCCGCCCGAGCAGCCCGGCCCAGCGUCGCCUCGGCCCCGAGCCCCGGGCCCGGCCCGACCAUGGCGGAACGCGGAGGGGCGGGCGGGGGUCCCGGCGGCGCGGGCAGCGGCCAGCGGGGCUCCGGGGUCGCUCCGUCCCCGCCGCCGCAGCAGCCGACGCCCCAGCAGCCGACGCCCCCGAAGCCGGCGCAGGCCACCUCGUCGUCGUCGUCCACCUCGGCGGCCGCCGCCUCGUCGUCAUCCUCGUCCACCUCCACCUCCGUGGCCGUGGCCGUGGCGGCGGGCUCCGCGCCCCCCGGCGGCCCGGGGCCAGGCCGCACCCCCGCGCCGGUGCAGAUGAACCUGUACGCCACCUGGGAGGUGGACCGGAGCUCGGCCAGCUGCGUGCCCAGGCUGUUCAGCUUGACCCUCAAGAAGCUUGUCAUGCUGAGGGAGACGGACAGAGAUCUCAGCUCAGUGGUCAUCGCGGUGAAGCUGCAGGGUUCAAAAAGGAUUCUUCGCUCCAAUGAGAUCCUGCUCCCCGCCAGUGGCCUGGUAGAGACAGAGCUCCAACUUACCUUCUCCCUGCAGUACCCUCACUUCUUGAAGCGAGACGCCAACAAGCUGCAGAUCAUGCUGCAGAGAAGGAAGCGUUACAAGAACCGGACCAUCCUGGGCUACAAGACCCUGGCGGUGGGCCUCAUCAACAUGGCAGAGGUGAUGCAGCACCCCAACGAAGGCGCCCUGGUGCUGGGCCUGCACAGCAAUGUGAAGGAUGUCUCCGUGCCCGUGGCGGAAAUCAAGAUCUACUCCCUGUCCAGCCAGCCCAUCGACCACGAGAGCAUCAAGUCCAAGCUGUCAGAUCGUUCCCCUGACAUCGACAACUACUCGGAGGAGGAGGAGGAGAGCUUCUCCUCAGAACAGGAAGGCAGCGACGACCCCUUGCAUGGGCAGGACCUGUUCUAUGAGGACGAGGAUCUGCGGAAGGUGAAGAAGACCCGGAGGAAACUGACCUCCACCUCUGCCAUCACUAGGCAACCCAACAUCAAGCAGAAGUUCGUGGCACUACUGAAGCGGUUCAAGGUGUCCGAUGAGGUGGGCUUCGGAUUGGAGCACGUCUCACGGGAGCAGAUCCGGGAGGUGGAGGAGGACUUGGACGAGCUGUACGACAGCCUGGAGAUGUACAACCCUAGUGACAGCGGCCCCGAGAUGGAGGAGACCGAGAGCAUCCUGAGCACCCCAAAGCCUAAGCUCAAGCCUUUCUUUGAGGGGAUGUCGCAGUCCAGCUCCCAGACGGAGAUCGGCAGCCUCAACAGCAAGGGCAGCCUUGGCAAAGACACCAGCAGCCCAAUGGAAUUGGCUGCUUUAGAAAAAGUCAAAUCUGCCUGGAUAAAAAGUCAGGAUGACAGCUUGGCGGAAACAGACACUCUGGAGAUCACAGACCAGGACAUGUUCGGAGACGUGAGCUCAAGUCUGGCUGUGCCAGAGAAAAUCAAAACCCCCAUGAAGUCCAGCAAAACGGAUCUGCAAGGCUCUGCCUCGCCCAGCAAGAUGGAUGGGGUGCACACUCCCCGGCAGAAGAGGGGCACCCCCCUGAAGGAGCGGCAGCUCUCCAAGCCCCUGAGUGAGAGGACCAACAGCUCUGACAGCGAGCGCUCCCCAGAUCUUGGCCACAGCACUCAGAUUCCCAGAAAGGUAGUCUAUGACCAGCUGAACCAGAUCCUGGUGUCAGAUGCUGCCCUCCCGGAAAACGUCAUUCUGGUGAACACUGCCGACUGGCAGGGCCAGUACAUGGCAGAGCUGCUCCAGGACCAGCGGAAGCCCGUGGUGUGCACCUGCUCCGCCGUGGAGGUCCAGGCCGUGCUGUCCGCCCUGCUCACCCGCAUCCAGCGCUACUGCAACUGUAACUCGGCGAUGCCCCGGCCGGUGAAGGUGGCGGCCGUGGGUAGCCAGAGCUACCUGAGCUCCAUCCUCCGCUUCUUCGUGAAGUCCUUGGCCAACAAGACCUCCGACUGGCUGGGCUACAUGCGCUUCCUCAUCAUCCCCCUGGGUUCUCACCCUGUGGCCAAGUACUUGGGCUCUGUGGACAGCAGAUACAGCAGCGCCUUCCUGGACUCGGGCUGGCGGGACCUGUUCAGCCGCUCGGAGCCCCCCGUGUCAGAACAACUGGAUGUGGUGGGGCGCGUGAUGCAGUACGUGAACGGGGCAGCCGUGACGCACCAGCUCCCCGUGGCUGAAGCCAUGCUCACCUGCAGGCACAAGUUCCCUGAUGAGGACUCACACCAGAAGUUCAUCCCCUUCAUUGGCGUGGUGAAGGUGGGGCUGGUGGAGGACUCUCCUUCUACAGCAGCAGGUGACGGGGACGAUUCGCCUGUGGUCAGCCUGACCGUGCCCUCCACAUCACCACCCUCCAGCUCAGGCCUGAGCCGGGACGCCACAGCCACCCCUCCUUCCUCCCCAUCCAUGAGUAGCACCCUCGCCGUCGUGGGGAGCCCCAGCAGCCCGUACGGGGACGUGAUUGGCCUGCAGGUGGACUACUGGCUGGGCCACCCCGCCGAGCGCAGGAGAGACGGCGACAAGAGGGACGCCAGCUCCAAGAACACCCUCAAGAGCGUCUUCCGCUCUGUCCAGGUCUCCCGCCUGCCUCACGGGGGCGAGGCCCAGCUCUCGGGCACCAUGGCGAUGACCGUGGUCACCAAAGAGAAGAACAAGAAAGUCCCCACCAUCUUCCUGAGCAAGAAGCCUCGAGAGAAGGAGGUGGAUUCCAAGAGCCAGGUCAUUGAAGGCAUCAGCCGCCUCAUCUGCUCAGCCAAGCAGCAGCAGACCAUGCUGAGAGUGUCCAUCGAUGGAGUCGAGUGGAGCGACAUCAAGUUCUUCCAGCUGGCUGCUCAGUGGCCCACCCACGUCAAGCACUUUCCCGUGGGACUGUUCAGUGGCAGCAAGGCCACCUGAGGGCACUGUCUCCCGGCACUGCCACCCACCUCACUGUCUGUGAGCAGGGGGAGGCCAGCAGCCUGGGCCCAGCUCCUCCUCUGGCCCAGGGCCUGUAUCUCCCUGGCCCGGCCCGAAGGACACUGCCACAGAGCCCCGCCCACCCACCUCGCCCAGGCGCCUUCACCCUGCUCCUAGGACAGCCCUCUGGGCCUUCCUGCACCCCACACCCCUCAGCCGCCCCUCCUGCCCCAGAGCUCUUCCUCGGAAGCCCAGCAGCAGAUGCUACCCAGCCUCCCCCCCAGUGGGCCCACAGCCCCCUUCCUGUGCUGCAGGCUGUUCCCAGUGCAGGAGGAUGGGGUACCCCAAACCUCAGAGGGCAGCAGCUUCAUCCAGGAGAGGCCUCCCUGGUCAUGCGUGCCCUCCAGUGCCCCUCUGGUCUUCUGCACAGCCGUCCCUCAGUGGUCCCGUGGGGCUCCCUGCCCUUGUGACUCCGCUUUGUCCGUGCCGCUCCUCGGCCUCCUGCACCCUUCCCAGCACAGCUCUGCCUCCCCCUGAGAGGGGGGGGGGCUGCUCCCCUGGGCCUCAGGCGGGGCCCCAGGCCCGUCCCACCCACCACCACCUCCAGAGCGGCCCUCUCCCUCCUUCCAGAAACUUUGCACAGACCUUCAUUUUGAAAAGUGUUUUUCUCAUUCUCAUGCCUCGCUGAGCCCCUCGAGCCCUGUCUCCCCACCUCCUGGGCCAGAGAAGGCUGGGCGGGAGGGCCCAAGUGGACGGACUUGGGGUUUUUCAUUCAAUAAACCGGUGAUUUCUUACCGCCUA